GAUUUAAGAAUGUCUACUUCAAAUACUUCAACUCGAGUCCGUUGCACACUUUGUAAUAACAAGAAAACUUUUAAAUCAAAAGCCGGUUUACAACGACAUGAAAAUUUGAAACAUAGCAAUUAUAAAGAAAUUCCAGCAUAUAUUUUACUAGUUCAAGCGAUUGAUCAAUUAGCAGCAAUACUUGGAGAUAAUCAAUAG